GUCGUUGUUGUUCUCUUGGCACCAGCAGCGGCAGAGCUGAGCAGCAGUCGGAGCAGCGGCCGGCGCGACGCGACCAGCAUCGAGCGAACUCGCUUGCAACAAGCACGAGCGCAGGAACGGAUUGUCGGCUCCCAUCGCGCUUGCAAUUGAAAACCUCGAAAAGGUGGGGAGUUUGCUGGAUCUGCCGAAUCCCCCCUGGAGGACAGUGUAUGGUCGUAAAUCGGCGCGGCUGAGUUGAUCGAGGCGGGUUUCAAUUCGAGCAGAAAUCAUUUUCAGGGCUUUCCAUUUCAAGAGGGCAUAGGUUGAGGGCAGGGUAGGGCAGGGACGUGCAAAGUUUCUCGGCGCGGAGCGGAGCAGAGCGGAGCGAUGGCGGGUGCCGGGGACAGCCCGUUGGCUAAGAUAGGGAACACUGUGACGCAGUCCCCGAUUUUCCAAAAAUCGAAGAGAGCUCUGUCGAAUACUGCUCGGUUCAGCCAGAAGCUGCUGUGGAGCACGGGUAAGGCGGCGUGGAUUGCUGGGACAUCGUUUCUUGUGUUCGUUGUCCCGUUGAUUAUCGAGAUGGAUCGGGAACAACAGAUGGUGGAUCUGGAAAGCCAGAGUGCGGGACUACUGGGAGCACCUCCUUCUGGACUGUGACUUAUCACUUGACCAUUUUCUUGUGUUAGCCUCCAAUGUUCCUUGCUGUGAAUAGUCUCGAGCAAGAGAAGCUUGUGUCGUGGUAUAUUACAUCAAGUCAAUUGUUGGAUACCCCGCAAGCUAAUCAAAGAUGCAGCUACUUGGGGAAUCUCAAGCUCAUGUCUCGCUGUUCCAUUUAUCGCUGAAAAGGAUCGGUGGCAGCAGAUGAAAAAUCUGGAGGGUUAGUGUUCGGGAUCUCUGGUAGCAUCACAUUUCGGUGACGUUACCACUCUCCUACUCAAUUUUGUAGUUGCCUCGAUUGUUUAGUGCCGUAAAUUCGGAGGGUGAGAAGCUUGCGAUGCGGUAUGGUCAAAUCGAAUUAGUCAGUACUAGAUUCUGUGUAUGCUUGUAGAGUUUGCUAUUUGCUAAGGAAUCUCAUUUUCACUAGUUGAAGGUGUGAUUGUAUUCAUUGUUUGUAAAGCAUUGGCAUUGUGAUGCCCAUAUUAGCAACACGCAAGAGAACAGAUUGUAUCAGAGAUUAGGUCUGGGGAAUUGAGGAGAUUGACUUUCAGGAGCCAAGUCAGCUUGUUGUAUUGCAUACUCUUGUGAUGGAUUCUAUCUAUUGAGUUCAAGUAUUGAGCUAUCACUGAGUGGGGAAA